CAGUGCAAUGCAUCCUGCAGCUUCAACGGGCAUUUCCAGGCUCUUUUUAAUGCCGGCGGGCUACACUGGGCUACACUCUGCGGGAGGAAAACUUCCUGUGGCCCCACCUACUGCUCCCGCGCCCCAGGUUGCGCUGGACCAAGUCCGCCGACUUUAUCGAUUGCUUCUGCCUGGGCAGCCCCUCCUGGAUCAACUGCUCCCGUCUGGCCCGUCCCCCAGCGCGGGAAAAGCGUUUCAAUCCAGUCUGGCGGCCACAGCGACCCUACAAUCCUAACCAGCCUGUGCUGCCUCCUCCUUUUACAUCCCUGACUCCCCGAGGUCGCCCGAUUCACACGAGCGGAUGCGGAGAAGCUCAAGCCGCCACCAUGUCCGAGGCUUAUUUCCGGGUGGAGUCGGGUGCGCUGGGGCCUGAGGAGAACUUCCUUUCCUUGGACGACAUCCUGAUGUCUCACGAGAAGCUCCCGGUGCGCACCGAGACCCCCAUACCUCGCCUCGGCACUUUCUUCCUGGACCGGAGCGGAGGGGCCGAGAGUGACAACGCUAUCCCUGAGGGCUCAAAGCUUGAACUCCCCUUGUGGCUGGCUAAAGGACUUUUUGACAACAAGCGGCGGAUCCUUUCUGUGGAACUUCCCAAGAUCUACCAAGAGGGUUGGCGGACCGUGUUCAGUGCAGAUGCCAACGUGGUGGACCUCCACAAAAUGGGGCCACAUUUCUACGGGUUUGGCUCCCAGCUCCUGCAUUUUGACAGCCCAGAGAAUGCUGAUAUUUCCCAGUCUCUCCUGCAGACAUUUAUUGGACGUUUUCGCCGCAUCAUGGACUCCUCCCAGAAUGCUUACAACGAAGACACCUCGGCCCUGGUAGCCAGGCUCGACGAGAUGGAGAGGGGCUUGUUUCAGACAGGGCAGAAAGGACUGAAUGACUUUCAGGGCUGGGAGAAGGGGCAGGCUUCUCAGAUCACAGCUUCCAGCCUCGUUCAGAACUACAAGAAGAGAAAAUUCACUGACAUGGAAGACUGAAGGCCAGACCAGCACAGAAUUUCCGUUUGUAGACUUUCCCCUGUGCGCCCUUGAUAAGAGCCUGGUUGGCCGUGCAGAGGGCCGGAAUCCCGUCCCCUCUCGAGGCUUAUUUCCUGCAGCCGUCUCAGGAGUGGUACCAUCUGCUUAGGAAAGGACGUGCCGGAAGGUGUCCCUGGCCCUGUGAGUCUUCCAGGACGCUCCCACCCUGCUGACCCACAGCCCAGGCCUCGUAACCCAGGAACCCACAGCAGAGGAUAAAUCGAAGCCCUUCCUGGAUAAGGAUCAUUAGCACAUACGUCGCAAGAGAGUUGGACUGGGAUUCCUUGUGCCUGGGAGUUUGGACAGCCUCAGAUGUCCAGUUUCACUAGCUCCAAGGGACAGGGACAAAUUGGGCCGUCUUAGCCUGUUCACAAAAUGUUCUCUUGAGCUUAAUUGCCUUACCUUCCUUGUGGUCGCACAAAGGACAGCGUUCGCAGGAUCCUGGUCUUACCUGUAAAUAUCUCCUGCCACCUGCCUGUGGGGAGUAACCCCACUUCCCAAAAACAAUCAAGCGUAAAGAAGGAACAGGGAAAGGCAGCCGAAUGGCAUGGUUUUCCUAAAGAGAAGACGUUGCUUUCCUUGUCUGUAAUCCUCGGCUUAAUGAGCUGGAAUUCAUAUAACUCUGCAGUUAACCUAGAUGGAAAUGGUUAAACUGAGCUUGUUGUUGUCUCCGAGAUCUUUGGAGCACCUGCGCAGUUACUCCAUUCCCACCCUAGAAAAGCUGUCAGCGAGUCGUUUGGAGUUGCAAAGUAGUUAUUAAAGGGUGUUAACCAGCCCUUGUUACAUCCGGAGAGCAGGGCUUUGGGUUGCUGGUUAUGAAGGGCCCUGUUUGAGAAACUCAACAUGACAGAUGCCGGUGGGCAAGAGACCUUGAUUAUGCUUGCUCUCUCUUCAGUAAAGUUUGCAACAUCGUUACAUAGAGGAUUCCUGACUGUUUCUGGAGAAUCUGUUUAAACAAGCAGAAAACGCUUCUCCUCGAGGUCAGGCUACGUGGAAAGGGCGUUCGCCAGGCUGCCCAGGACCGUUCAAAGGGCACUUGCUCCGCACCCACUGCUGCCCUCCCACCUUCCCACCACCAGGGAAGAUUGCCUUUGCCAUGGAAGUUACAGAGGGGCUCAGCCAUCCAGGUGGUGCACGUGUCUCCAGGCAAACUUAGAACGUCAGAAAUGCUUUUAAAAUGCCUGUUUUAAGAUGGAAUCGAUGUUUUUAAAAUUUGAUCGUGGUGCUAAAUAAAUGACCCGCUUUGCACAUGAGUACAUUCUGUACAAGUACUAUUUCUUGGCUCGAGUACUACAGAGGUCAGGUGAAGCAUCAGAGAGUUUUGGUUUUGAUCAUAUUUGACAAUAAUGCCCAAAUAAAUCCAUGUUUAGCAGCU